CUGUCGCUUCAGUGCUGACUGGUCGUCUGUCCCAGAAAUCGACUGAUUUUCAUGGAAGGAAUCGCAGCAGCAGAAGUUUCUCUCUUCCCCCUCUCUUCUGAAUACUUCAGUCUCUCUGAAUUUUUUUUUUCCCCCUCUCUCCCUCUCUUCAAUGAAUUCUCUCUUCUCCUCUUCCAAUCUCCUCCGCCCAUUUCACUCUCCCGUCUCCACGUAGAUCUCCUGAUAUGAGAAUUUCGCGCCGAGAUCGCAGGUUCCUCCGCGAGAGAUUGCCCUGCUGCUCUUUCUUUCCAUAAUACCACGAAUAGGGCCUACGAUGCUGUGUGAAAGAUACUGGCCAGCCUCUACCCUCCAUAAUGAUGCAAAUUCUGAUAAGAAAACAGAAACUCGCUUUGAAUUUUAUGAAAAUGGGAUGCUGAAGGGAGGGCAUUUUGACCGAGAUUCCACGCAAAGAUAUACCAAUUCUGUAAGGGAAGCUUUAAGGCGGACAAUGCUCAGCCAUGAGGCAAUAUUCAGGAACCAGGUCCGUGAGCUUCAUCGUUUGUAUAAAGUACAGCAGAAUUUGAUGAAUGAUCUCAGCCGGAAAGAGUUUGAGAAAUUUACUGCUUGGACAGAAAGCGCACAAGCAACCCCAAUCUCAUAUAAAAAGGCAACUCAAUAUAAACGAUCAGCGGAAGAGGAUAUCUUUCCUAUGCCUUGCUCGUCCACGAUGGUCUCACCACAAACAGAAAAUGGGGAUGUGUUUGUAGAGUACGAAGGCUUCUAUUCUAGGUUUCAUAAGCUUCAGAGAAGAACUAUCGACCUUCAACUUCCAGCAGAUGAGUACAUUGGCAGUGAAGGCACAGGGAAUUUACAAGCAUCUGUCAAUGAAUGCUCGGAAAGAAAAGACUUCCUUUGUAGCAAAAUCAUUGAUGACCCAGAGGACUUGAAACUGGCCCUCAGUUAUGGAAAGGAGGCAACUAAGAAGGGAGUUCCUGGCAGAGGACAUUUCUACAAAGGCACCCGUUCAUAUGCCCAACAUGUGAUUGAUUUGGAAGAAUCCAUAGAAAGAGUAUCUGAUGGGGAGGCCAAAACUGUUUCUUCGAUUGAUUUUGAGGCUUCAAUCACCCCUUCUGGAACCAAGCAUGGAUUGCAGCUGCCAGCCCUGUCUGAUUCAAUCUUUUCAGGAAGAACAGGGAAAGAUCAGGAUUACAAACCUUUCUUCAAACAUUCUGUUGCGGACAGCAGUGAAAGCAGGCGAGAAUGGAAAUCCUUCGAUCUUAAUGCAGGAUGGAAUGAACAUGACAGUAGUCCCGCUUUUGAUUUCACUCAGAAGCACCAAUCUACUUCCGAUGAAGCAACAAAUGCUCGUCUUAAUCCAGUUCAGGUCGAUGGGUCGUCCUCAGUUUUGCGUGAUUCUGCAGCAAUGUUUCCGUCUUCAUUGCCAAACUCAUCAGUUAUCUCCCUUGAACCGACCAGUGAGUCGCAUAGCGGCACUCAUCCUGCGACAACUUGCUGGAGAAUGCCAAGCAAUGGAUGCUCCAAUAAUACCGAUGCCAAUGUUCAAGAUAGUGCUGCAUAUUCCAUCGUAACAAAUUCAGUCGAUAAGAGCACUGAUUUACUUUCUCACGUCUCUCAGAUUUCACGGUGCAGUAGCACACAAAUUUCUGCACAAAGUGCCAAGUUGACUAAAAAUACGUGGAUUCAUGAUCUGAAUGAAGUGGGCCCUAUUGAUCUUGAGUCGUUGCCAGAGGGAGCACCAGAACUCCAUAGUAACUUUGGGAUAGAGUUUUCAUGUGAUAAUGGUUCUCUGUCUCUCCCACCCACUGGCUUGUGCAAAACGACAGAGGAAAUCACAGACCCAUCACAAGGUGAUGGCAGAAGGGAUACUUUGGUUGUAACGCCUGGCUUCAAAAUAGAAGAUAGUUGUAUGGAUUUACUGUUUGGCAGCGCAGAAGUGCUCCAAACAGUGGGAGAUGCAGAAUGCAGGCAAGUGGAUUCUGAGAAGAGUGAUGAUACAGUAUCUUCAAGGCAGCCCGAAAAUCAUGUUGUUGUUCAGGGUUCCAUAUCUAGCCCUGUCGAGGAGAAAACUUCUAGAGUUUCUAAUGCAUGCAAUGUAAAGCACUUUGAAUCAGCAGCGGAAAAUCAACAGAAAAUGGGACACUCAAUUCUCUCUGCCUUGGAGGAUUCUGGAACUACUCAAUUAGAGUCAGCUGUCACAGAAACUUCCUCCAAUAAGGAGGACACACAGACAGAAAGUGGUGUAUAUGCUUGUUUACCGGAGAAAUCUUGUGAAAUGAAGGUUCAAGAGCAUAAUGAGCUGCAGCAAGAACAAGCAGCAGAGACAGACAUUGCAAUGCGGAGAGCUGCGGAAUCCCUCAUCAAUAUUUCUUUAGAAAAUACGGCGAGUUCUUUAGAUCGUCCUGCGAGUGCAGGACCAGUAGGGAUGGAAAUUGUGGAAAUGAGCGAUGAGCCACAGUAUUCUUCUGACUCAUAUGAGUCAAUUACGCUGAUGCUAACGGAAAGCUGCAUGGACGAAUACUCCUCGUCAGUAAUGCCAUUCCAGGAGAAGGAAUUGGGGGAUAACGCGAGUGGUUUGAAUUUGAGAAGGGGAAGGAGAAUGAAAGAUUUCCAGAGGGACAUACUGCCGAGUCUUAUAUCUCUUUCCAGGCAUGAAAUCUGCGAAGACAUGAAUAUCAUUGGUGGGGUGAUUAGAGCAAAUGAGUAUAGGAAGAAUGGGUGCCGGAGGGUGCGUACGGAGAACUGGUGUGUGCCCACAAGAAGCAGGCGGUCAAGGCUUUAUUGCAGUAACCGGAGAUGUUGAAAGUGCCAGUGGGUGUGGAGCUGCAGUACUUAAUUUAUUUUUUUUUGCAUUAAGUCAGCGAAGGCAUCGAGCUGAAUAUGGAUGAUAUAUGAAUUAAUGUACCAGUGCCCGGGCACUACUCAUGAAUAACCACUAGGAAUUCAACCA